CCACUGGCGCGUCUAUCUCACUUCUCUUUUAAACGCGUGAAUCACAUCCCCCCACCCUAGGGCUCCUCUUCCUCCCUCCAAAUCUACACUAUAAACCUCGCUUCCACCUCUUCUCUCUCUUCACUCUCUUGCCAUUUUACAAAGACUCAUUCCACCAUCUCUCUGGUGCAUCAGUCUCUCUCUCUCUCUCUCUCUCUCCCCUUCCUUUCUCUCCCCUUGAUUUGGGGGGUUUAGGGGGAUUUGGGGGCCCUGAAAAGCCAGCAAGCACUACUGGGAGGCUAUAAUUGAAUCUUAAAGAAGCAGCAACCCAAAAGGGUCUACUUCAAAACCCCCCAUCUUUUUGGCUCUCUGUGAGUUUGAGUUUAGUUUUGAGUGAGUGAUUGAUUUGGGUUUUCAUGGCGGAGGACUUAGACGAUGGUGAGUUUUGGCUUCCUCCACAGUUUCUCACCGACGACAUGCUCAUGGACUUCAAAGCGAACACCAUGAAAACCAAACACAGAGAGGUCGAUUCUGGGUUUUGUUUUCCCAACGAGUUUCCGUAUGGGUUUGGCUCGGAUUUGAGUUCUCCGGUGGAGUCCGUGGUGAGCUCUACCGAGACUGAAAGCGACGAGGAAGACUACAUAGCUGGGUUGACUCGGAAAAUGGCUCGCUCAACUCUCCACGACGAUUUGUGGAAAACAGACUCUGUGUUCUCCUAUGAGACCCACAAGUCUUGGGCUAUGGCUGGCUCGCCUCAAUCGACUCUCUGCAUGGGUGGUGGUGGUGGUUGUAGCGAACAGGGUUCGAGCCGGGGAAGCCCUAACGGUCCUUCGCAGGUUUCAUCGCCGCCGGCUGCGGCUGCGGCGUUACACCGCAACGACGCUGCUUUGGAUCUGCUUUACGCGGCCGCAGGGGAGGUCGCGAGGAUGAGGAUUAUUGAAGAGGGUUCUAGGUAUAACCAGAAGACCAGUGGACUAUUGGGUCCACCUCGAAACCCAAGUCCCGUCUCUUUACCUCUCAAAAACCCUAACCCAAAUCUUCGGUUUCACUCCAAUCAGUCUCUUUCAUAUCAGCAAUUGCAAGUUGCCCAAUUUCAGCAGCUGAAACAGCAACAGAUGAUGAAGCAACAGAACUCGGCGAUUUGGGGACAACAAAACCAGACGACCCACCAAGUGGUUCAGAAUAGAGCAAGAAAUGGUGGUCGUCCUCUCAACCUCUCACAAUCUGCUUGGCCAACUCUUCAACAAUCUCAGCAGUCUCAACAGCCGAAUUCAGGCAUGAGAGCAGUGUUUCUUGGUAAUAAUAAUACUGCGUCCAAACGUGAAUGUGCUGGAACAGGGGUGUUCUUGCCUCGUCGAAUUGGUAGCCCGACCGAAUCCCGCAAAAAGACGGGUUGUUCGACUGUUUUGAUGCCAGACAGAGUCGUGCAGGCUCUGAACUUGAACUUGGAAGCCAUGGAAGCUCAACCCCAGCUCCAAUCACGUUAUGAUGGGGCUUUUACUCCUGAAUAUGAUGCAGCUUUGAAGUAUCGGAACAAUGUCCUCAUGGCCCAACAACAGAAGCGCAAUGUCCGAGCGCAGACGGGGAUGAAUCAGGAGCUCCGGUUACCUUCAGAGUGGACCUAUUGACUCAACCCACCCUGAAUCGUCAACAUUGGUGUUUUUUUUGAAGCUUUAUCAAAAUCUGGGGAAGAAUUUAUGGAUAGAAGAAAAGCUUGAUUAGUAGGUUUUUUAGUUUGGAAUAGGAAAUUAGGAGGAAUAAUAAAUAAUAGAACAGGAAUAGUUUCAAGAAGAUGAAUGAUGAAGAAAGAAACAUUUUAGAAAAAAUGGUUUUUUUGGGUAGUGGUAGAAGGGGGUUAAUAAGAUGUGGUUUUUGAAGGGGCAGGAUUGUAACAGUGUUUUUUGGUGUUUUUUUUGGCACAACACAAAGUAGUGUUUGGCUCCCUUUUGGAAUGAAAAAUAAUAAUUCGUCAAUGUGAGAAGUGGGUUUGAGUCAUGUUUUGUUGGAAUGUACAAACCUUUCUUCUCUUUGCUCUAUACACCAUAUGGUGCCAUGGUUAAAUUUGUAUUGAUGGCUUGUUUUGUUGCAAUAAAUCAAUAUUAAUGCUAA